AUGGGCACGUCUCAGUCGAUAGAUGCGCAACACAUCGAAAAGGCACGACACGAGACUCUCAUUGCAGUGUAUCGCGAAGCUGAAUUCGACUCACUUAUUUGUACAAUCAUCUACAGGAUAAAAGGGUAUCGGGAUGACCUGGAGCAGCAGAACCAACAACAAACAUCGGGCAUCCAGGUUGGCGGCGCCGUCGAAGGUCUGUGCCCCACAGAAGUAGUGGAGCCGACGUUUACGCUAGACAAGUUCCGUUUGAACCAGCUCAGUGCAGAUUGGUCACAGAGCGGAUGUGCAGGGCUGGGAAAGGGACGGUAG